GCGGUCGAUCGCAUUGACGCUGAAGCAAAACGACACACGCGGGGUAUACAACGAAAUAAUAAAUGUAUCUAUCUCUAUAGGUACGAACCAUAUCUACAAAAAAUAAAGGAGAAUGUCGACUGUGCGCACACCUUUCAGACGAUUCUCAUAGCAGACACCAGACACUACGGAUGGUAUAUAACCGGCUAAAAAUCAAUUUGCGAUUUCAGUCUAAUCAACGUACUCCAACCCGGCACAAGCUUUCCUUCUCUCGUUAAACUAUAUAAAUACAUUUCAAAAUAAAAAGGAAUAAAAUAUCUAACAUUCGGGUCUUGAAAAAAAUAAAAAUAAUAUAAAGAAAAUAAUAAACACUAAAAACCCCCAAGGACUACCCAAGAAGCUAUAUAACAUAAAAAAGUGCACCCCAAUUUAAAAAGACUAUAUUUAAUUUAAAAAAAUAACACUGAAUGUGAUAAUUUCAAGUGUACCUAAUUUAAAGUGAUUUCGAAACAUAAAAUGUGAAUGCUUUCUAAACACUUCUCACGAUAAACCAUACGAAAAAAAAGAGAACAUCAACCUUAAACUCCUCGCCUCGUUCGGGCUCAUUAUAAAACUAUCUAUUUUGAAAAAAAAAAAAUAAAAAACGGAUUACGCGUAACACAAAAAGAUACUUUAUACUUUUAACAGUAUCCAAGUAUUCCAGGUAUCUGCUUUAACAGAGAUACUCGUACUCGUUGUCUCCGUACUCCUCAGUCCGAACAGAAAAAACAACAAUUGAAAAGUGAAAGUGAAAUUUCUUCUAUUACACGAUCAACGAAAACAAAAAUUACAUCGUCCGUUCGUAGCUUGAACCUUCUCUGCUCCGUUUGUGGUUUCAAGAGCACAAACUAGUAACAGUAUCUAUAUCGUUGUUGAACUUCAAAAAUACUUUUUUCUUCAUAUUUCUUUCUUCCUUUUGGGUUCGAAAGAGUGAAUUUUCUUCAUUUGGUGUUAUUAUUUUUAUUUUAUUACCAUUUAUUUUUAUUAUCUGUUGUUGUUUUGGAAAGAAAGGUAAACCAACAACAACAACAACAACAAGAAAAAAAUACAGUAUCAUGUCCAAGUGUAGAGAAUACGAAAAUGACUCAAGCGUAAUGUAUUGUGCGGUUAAAGAAAGUGAAAGUGAUGCAUCAAGCAAAAUAACCGAGACCUCUGGAGCGACAAUGUCGACCACGACAACAUCGUCGAUAACGACGGAAAAGGGGAUAAGUAAUUCUGCCUUAUCGACUCAAGCGAUCGUGCCGAUUUCAUCAUCGUUGCCGUCAAAACUUUUACGUCUACAAAUGCACCAACGUCAGCAGCCAGUGCAACAUGAUGUGAUUGCAGUUUCCCAAAACGGAAUGCAAGUUUACACAAUCAGCAGCGAUCUGCAAGAUCAGCAGCAGCAUCAUCAACAGCAUCAACAACAACAGCAGCAGAUGCGUGAUCGCCAUCAGCAGAAUCUCAUUGAUCUUGGCAAUAGUGGUGAUUCAAUGGAAUCUCUGUCCGAAGAGGAAGACGAGCUGAAGCCACUGCCCAAGGAACAACAACAGCCAGUGUUGAGUGAAAUAACAAACGAUCGUUUCCAUCACGGCUUACAUCAUCACCAAUCGUUGCCAAAUCACUAUUUGCAAUAUCACCUGCGAGAUGAACACUCUACCAGGCGCGGUUCGUUUGAAGGCAUCAAGAUCGACCAGAUGCAGGCCAAGGACUAUCCUAAUAGCACUGGCGGCCUUGACAAUGAACUUGAGAGUCAAGUUAUUGAGAUCGAUAUGUUGGACCCAUUGGAAAUACCCGAUGAUCAAAUGUCCGAGGAAAUCGUUGAGCAGGUGGAGUUUUAUUUCUCGAAUGAGAGCAUCUUGAAGGAUGCCUUCCUGCUGAAGCACGUUCGUCGCAACAAGGAGGGUUUCGUGAGUCUCAAAUUGGUGUCGAGUUUCAAGAGAGUUCGGCAAUUGACCAAGGAUUGGAGAGUUGUCGGACAUGCAGUGCGCAGGAAAGGCAAACACAUCGAACUGAACGAAGAAUGCACGAAGGUUCGUCGAGUUGAUCCAUUGCCAAGCUUCGACGAAACAAUGCCUUCGCGGACGAUUGUAGCCUGUGACUUGCCCAUGGAUAAGUUGAGUAUUGAAAAAGUAUCCGAUAUCUUCUCGAAAUGUGGAGAAAUUGCUCUGAUUCGGAUCCUCAAGCCUGGCAUGGCUAUUCCAGUUGAUGUUCGUCAAUUUAUGAACAAAUACCCAGAGAUGCAGCAAAAGGAAUGUGCGUUGGUGGAAUACAUCGAGUCGUCGGCAGCGAGGAAUGCAAAGAACCUGCCCGGAAACUUCCAGGUAUUCGAUAUGGUGGCCCCGAAGAAGAAGACCGGUAAGAAGGCAGUCGCAGGAGCUCCGGUCGUGAAAAUGGUUGAGAACUACAAGAACUACAACUACGAGAACACCUUUGAACGGGCACGAGGAGGAAGUUUCAGUGGAAAUGUACUGCCCACCGACACUGAUCUGCGAUUCAGAUUACGUCGGAAUCAUUCAGACUUCCAUGUCAAGGGUGACAGCUUACAUCAUCACACGCAUUCGCACAGUCACCAUCAGCCACAGCAACAGCUGUCACAACAGCAACAACAACAGUAUGCACAUCACGCACUUAGUCACUACCACAGUCUGUCUCGAAACAACUCGCUUGAUAAUGCCAAUUCCAGUGCUGCGCCAAACAACAUGAAUUUCUAUGCGUCAUCGCCACGCCGUUUCAGUAACACUGCCGAGAUGGUGGCUCCAGUUAGAAGGUAUUCAGCUUGUUCCAAUGAUGGUUAUUCCACUUGUUCUGAGGUGUCACGUCGUCCAUCAAACUGUUCGAUGGAGGGUUCAGAGAUGAGACGCGAUUCUGGAUGUUCAGAGAACUGUCCUUGCUUGAACAGUCGCCGUGGCUCACAAAACGUUGAGCCCUAUCGCAAACUCUCCCACGGCUCCGACUCAGACUGCAGCCAACGAAGAUUCUCCAACGGAACCUUCCCCUUCGAAAGGAACUACUCAAAUGCCAGCAAUGAAAUGGUAGCAAUGCCUCGUCGUCCUUCAAACGAUUUCAACAACUUUAGUCGAAAGCCUUCGGCGGACUCGACCACAGGAAUGCUAAUCGAGAACGAGCACUCAUAUCGCAGGUUCUCAAAUAACUUUGAUCCCAAAUGCAAAAUGGCUGGCUAUGAGUACUACAAUGGCAGACGUAUAUCAACAGACUCCGGCUACGAUCGCAGAUGUUCCUUGGGCUCAGACUUCGAAGGCUCACCCAGAUCGAGGACGGGCAGUUUUUUGAAUAACUACAAAUCUGGUGAAUUCGAGGGAUCACCAAGGUCACGAACAGGAAGCUUCCUGAAUGCAGUUCACAAAGCCGAAAAUGUUGUGAGAACACCAAUUGGACCCGAUGGCAGCAAGGGUUUCGGCUCGAGAGCCCGGAAAUUUGGACAAACUGUGGCGCCCGUGAAUUGAGCACACGUCUAAGAAGCGAUAUUGGAGAAGAAACAAAUAAUAAAACGUGUGCGAAUUUAAUAAAAAGAUCAUAAUUCGAUGCCGUUCGUUCAUAUAAUUUAUAGAACCCACCAAUACAGGAUUGGGAGCCAUCAGAGGGAAUAAUCAUCAUUCAAUCAAAUAAAAAAAAUGCUGCCUCUGAUAACUGUUAAUCGUUAAUUUCUUUUUUAAGUGCGCGCAAUAUUUUUAAAGGCCAUGAAUUUGUUAAUAUUUAACAUAACAAAAAGAAUUUAAGUUUUUUUUUGUCAUUUUUAAAUAAUAUAUAUUUGUUUUUAUUUUUUGUUCUUAAGUUUAAUAGGUAUAUGUUAUUUAAUUGUUAUUAUUUUUUCUCAAUUUAUUAUGUUUUUUUUUGUUGUAUCUAUUUUUAUUUGGAUUUAAAACAAGAAAAUUGUUUUUAAAUUAUAAAUAUAAGUAACCUAUUUUAUGUAAGUUUAAAAUUUAUUGAUUAAAAAUAAAACGAAUUUAUUGAAAUAUUUACAUACACAAUUAUUAAAAUAACAUUAAAUUAAGAAAAAUAUAUUUAAGAUUGAAAAAUUUACAUAAAAUUGUUUAAGAAUGAAACAAAAAAAAACUGUUAUCCUAAUUGAAUUAAGAAAACAAGGUGCCAAUAUAUA